AUACGAACUACAUCUUUCUCUCUCUAAAACCUAACCCCUCUCUCUCUCUCUAGAGAUACACUUCCACAAGGGGCCCCUUUACCCGCCCCUCAGCAAAGCAUACUCAAAAUUACGCUCCCCGCCCUUUCUCUCUCUAAACCUCUUCCAUAACGGGUGCUGAUUCUCUCUCUGGAUUCCAAACUCCACAGCUCUCAAAUCUCUGUUCUCUCUCUUCAAUUUCUCUCUUCCAUUUCCAGGAAUUUUCCUCUAUUAAAAGCCGCGGCCGCCUCUCUCUUCGUGGACUGGUCAGUAGUCUCUCUUUUGCCUGUUCGAGAGUACUUUCUCUCUCUAGACUUGCUGGUGCUCGCUCAUAAACUCUUCCCUCCCUCUCUCUCUCUCUAUGAUAUUAUACCUGGAGGAGGAGCCUUAUACCUAAUCCUUCUGCUUUCUCAGAAAACCUUCACACCUUCGAGCUUCAUACGCGAUUCCUUAGCUUUUGAGCACAAGCUUUACAGAGCAGUUUUUUUAUUGGUGGAAAUGCCGGAAUAUACAACCCAUGCCGGAAUUUCAGAAUUUUCCGGUCACAGCCAUGCCAAAACCUGAAAGCUCUCUCUCUCUCUCUCUCUCUCUCCCUUUUGAGUGCGAAAGUUCAGAUCAGAGAGCAUGAUAAAUGUGAAGGGCUGUAAACCCUUUCAGUUUUAUCAGGUGGCCGGAAUUUGAUCUCAGGCUUGCAGGAAAUUGCAUUGUUUUGCAUUUUGCGGUGAGCUGAACUGGUAUUUGGAGCUUCAGAGCCGGAUUGUAGAGGUAGGUGUUGUAUCUUCUGUCGACUGAGAUUGCCGGAAUUUUAAGGAUCUCUGGUAAAUCUCGCUGGAGAAUUGAGACCCGAGAUUACUUUAUAGCUACAGUGAAUAUAGCUUUUAAAGAGCGAUACACAAUUGGUAUAUACCAGUUAUCACCGGGAAUGUAGCCCUAUCAAGCUUUUUUGAACUGCUUCUUUUAAUGAUGGCCUGAAAAGAGUGAAAGCUAUAUUAAAAGCUACUUUUCCAGCGAGCUUGGCUGGGAAAUCGUCUGAAAAUUGAUCGUUCCUUAUCUUUGGGCAUUUGAAAAGCUAGGUUCUUUCGCCGGGAACUUUUUCCGGUGACUGAGAGAGGAGAGUAGUGAUGCUUGUUUAUGCAACAGAACUAGCCGAGAAUUCAUCCACCAUGACGGUUUCGAAUAUUACAUCGGCUUCAGGAGAAGCCAGUGUUUCUUCAGGUGCCAGAUCUCAGCAAAACCAGAACCAGACCAUGGUGGCCGCUACCACGAAGAAGAAGCGAAACCUACCUGGAAUGCCUGACCCAGAAGCUGAAGUGAUCGCGCUUUCGCCGAAAACCCUAAUGGCAACCAACAGGUUUGUAUGUGAAAUAUGUAACAAGGGUUUCCAAAGGGAUCAAAACUUGCAGCUUCACAGGAGAGGCCAUAACCUUCCAUGGAAGCUAAGGCAAAGGACCAGUAAGGAAGUGAGGAAACGAGUGUACAUAUGUCCCGAGGUCUCUUGUGUACACCAUGACCCAUCUCGAGCUCUUGGGGACCUCACAGGGAUUAAGAAACACUUUUGCAGAAAGCAUGGAGAGAAGAAAUUUAAGUGUGAUAAGUGUUCUAAGCGCUAUGCUGUUCAAUCUGAUUGGAAGGCACACUCCAAGACCUGUGGCACCCGAGAGUAUCGCUGUGACUGUGGAACCCUCUUCUCCAGGCGCGAUAGCUUCGUAAGCCAUCGAGCAUUCUGUGAUGCGCUUGCAGAGGAGAGUGCGAAGGCUCAGGCAGUGGUGGCUGCUGACUCUGCCGUGGCUUCCGGCCCUGCAAAUUCUUCAUCGGAUGAUGAUCCCAAGAACAAAGUGGCUUCUACUCCUCUCUCUACUUCUCCUCCUAAUGUGCCUGCCCCCUCUUCGCAGCAAGAGUCGGAGGGCUCUGCAGGGUUCAUGCAGCCGUCACUCACUACCCCUGCCUCUUGUGGCCCGACUAGCACCAAUAGCAGCAGUAUGUUCGCAAGCCUCUUCGCAUCUGCCGGCGGCCUUCAAAAUGCUGCCUUCACCGACCUCAUAGGUGCCAUGACCCGUCCUGACCCCACCCCACCACCUGUAUCCACUACCACCACCACUCCCGCCAUUGCCCUUGCCCUCGGCCCAUCAUCACCAUCGAUCUCCGCACUCUUCUCCCAAAAACCAUCAUCAUUGGAGCCAAACCCCCAUCUCCAUUAUACCAGUACGACACCGGCCCAUAUGUCAGCAACUGCAUUAUUGCAGAAAGCUGCACAGAUGGGAGCCACUGCGAGCUCAAACUCCUCGUUUAUGAGAGGCCUCGGUUUAUUGCCUCAGACUCAUCAAGAUCAACAUCACCAUCAGAAUCAGAAUCAUCACCACCCACAGGAGAAUUGGACCCACCAUACUGGAUUGGGUCUGGGCCUUUUGCCGCCAGAGUAUGGUGUUUUGCCAAGAGAGGAGGGGGUGGUUAGCAUGCAGGAGUUGAUGAGCGCGCCCUUGUUUGGGCCUGGAGGUGCAUUGGGCUCAGGCUUCAAGGGGGAGGAGAUGGGGUGCAAGCCCACAACAGUGGACUUCUUGGGCCUGGGAAGCGGGGCUAGUGGGCCUGGGGGCCUCUCAGCACUCAUAACCUCGAUCGGGCGUGGGCUUGACAUGGCGGCAGCACUGGGGGGUGUCGGGGGCGGGGCUGGUGCGUCUCCGGGCAGGCCUGGUUGGGAUGGGAGCUGAGAUGCUGUCUAUAUCUUCUUCUCACUCUGGAUCAGGGUAAGAAAGAAUUUUCAUCUCUGCUCUCACACUAGAAUCUAGAUUUAGUUGUAACUUUCCUCUCUCUCUAUAUAUAUAUUUAUCUUUAUAUCCAUAGAUUUUUGGUGCAGUUUUCUUUCUUGAUGUAGUGGUGUAUAUUUGAUAAUUUGUGCUUGUAAUUGCUCCGGCUGAUAUGAAUCUCUUUGCAAAGAGGUGAGCUGUGUACAUAACAACGUAUAUUCCAAACUCUAAAUUUUUGUUUGUUUCUUGCAUGCUGAGGUUUUAUGAAAGAAUUAGAGAAACUGAGACUAA